GGGGGGUGGGGUGGUUGGAUGUACAUGAACAUGCCGACAGGAGAGUGCGGAGACAAGCGAUGACAGCGAUGCUGAGCCCAAAGAUCAGACAGACCAGGAGAGCCAGGUCCAAGAGCAUGGUGAUGGGCGAGGUGUCACGGGCCUCCUGCCGGCCGGCCUCACCGAGCCUCCAGGAGGGGGCGCUGAAGGCUGGCUGGCUGAAGAAACAGCGCAGCAUCAUGAAGAACUGGCAGCUACGUUGGUUUGUACUGCGCUCUGAUCAGCUUUACUUCUACAAGGACGAGGAGGAAACCAAACCACAGGGCUGUAUACCUCUGCAGGGAUGUCAGGUGAAUGAACUCACAGCCAACCCUGACGAACCAGGAAGACAUCUGUUUGAGAUCGUACCAGGUGGAGCAGGAGAGAAGGACCGUGCAGCCGUCAGCCAUGAAUCCUUCCUGCUCAUGGCCAACUCCCAGACGGACAUGGACGACUGGGUCAAGGCCAUACGGCGGGUCAUCUGGGCACCGUUUGGAGGAGGGACUUUCCGGAGCAUCAACCUUCGUCCAUUGUUUGCUGCAGGCAUCUUUGGCCAGCGGUUGGAGGACACGGUGCAGUAUGAGAAGAAGUUUGGGCCCCGGUUGGCUCCACUGCUGGUGGAGCAGUGUGUGGACUUCAUCAGGGAGCGGGGUCUGGACGAGGAGGGUCUGUUUAGGAUGCCAGGACAGGCCAGCCUGGUGAAGGAGCUGCAGGAGGCCUUUGACUGUGGAGACAAGCCUCUGUUUGACAGUAACACAGACGUCCACACGGUGGCAUCCUUACUGAAGUUGUACCUGCGGGAGCUGCCUGAACCAGUCAUUCCCUUCUCUAAGUAUGAAGACUUUUUAACCUGUGCACAGCUGUUGGCCAAAGACGAGGAAGAGGGGGUCCAGGAGCUUGGUAAACAAGUCAACGUUCUACCUCUACCAAACUACAAUCUCCUCAAGUACAUAUGCAAGUUCCUGGAUGAGGUCCAGUCUCACUGUAACGAAAACAAGAUGAGCGUCCAAAACCUCGCAACAGUGUUUGGACCAAAUAUUCUUCGACCCAAAAUGGAGGACCCAGUGGCUAUCAUGGAAGGUACCUCUUUGGUCCAGCACCUGAUGACAGUCCUUAUCAGGGAACACAACCGUUUGUACUCAGGGAGGGACCAUGAGGUACCCACCAUAGUACAGUCAGAACCCUCUGUGCAGGGUCAUCACCUGCAACAUCGAAGCCUUGGUGCCUGGAUAUCUGAAGAAGACCUUCAAAGCUGUCCGGUCUCAAAUCCUGACCUAGAGCUGCACAGCAGCGCCUCCUCGUUGGACGCCAAACUGUGUGCUGCCGUCACACCCACCCAGACCCCGAACCCAAACCCUGGACCAAAACUGGGGUCUUCAUCAGGAAAAGUGGAGACAGUGGUCAGUCCGAGUAAACAAGCCAAGGCACUGCCUUCAUGGAAGUACACCUUCAAAAGUUCUUCAGCCCCACGUUCUCAGACACAGGCCAAGCAGGGCAGCAGUGGUGGCUCUGUAGCAGACACUACCAGUGUAUCUUCUGGUGGAGGAGGAGGAGGUGGUGGUGGUAGUGGAGGUAAUUGGCUCAUGAACGGUUUGUCGUCUUUGAGAGGACACCGUCGUACCUCUUCAGGGGAGAGAUCCACUCGAGACCGCGACUCCACCGGCUCCUCACAGAGGCUGUCCACCUACGACAACGUCACCUCCUCCCCCAGCAUGGGGAGUGUUCCAAGUGUGUCCAGCACCCCGUGGUCCACCUCGUCCUGUGAGAUCUCCGUUCAGGAUUCAGGAAGUGAACCGGCAACAAAUCAGAACUGUGGGGUAGGAAGUGAUGGUGAGGAAAAGGUGGAGUGGAUGGAGAACCAGAAGGACGUGGACAGAGGAAGAGAUGGAGGAAUGAGGACAGAUCCCAGCUCUGAGCAGGACAGUUGUGAGGCCAUGGAACUUUGUAGCAGCAGUGCAGCCUGCAGUGAGAACGGGAACGUGGCCACGGCACCUGAGAUUCCCUCCAUUAUCAUGACUGAGGAUGGAGACGGAAUGAACUUAACACUGAGUGGCCUGGUAGAAGGUCUGAAGGAGGAGCUGAGGAAGCAGAAAACUACUUAUGAAGCCAGGAUACAAAAACUGGAGGAGUCCAGCACUGCUCUGUGUGCUCAGAUGGAGCGUCUGGAACAAGAGAUGGAGCAGGAACGGAAGAAGCAACGCAUGCUAGAGAUCAAACUACGAAACUCUGAGCGGGCGAGAGAGGAUGCAGAGAACCGCAACAGGCUGCUGGAGAAGGAGAUGGAGGAUUUCUUUUCUACGCUGGGUGAUCUCGCCCUGGGUGCAAGGACUAGCGACAUUUGAUACAACAAGGUCACUCGUGUGUCUGAGACCAAACCAGUAGCUGUCAUCAGGGUUUAUAUUUAAGGAGGGCUGAGUCGAAGCCCUCAGUAUGAGUAAGGACAUGGACCAGGCCGUGUUUAUGUACGUUGAGAUGAGAGUUAUGGGUGUUCUAAAGGCAGUAUUUUAACAGUUUGGAUGCUCUAAGUGGAACCUAAUGUCAUUUUCUCCAACAAUCUCUCUCUCCUGAGGUGCACCGACAUCUAAAACCACUACUUUGCUGAAAAACAAAGUACAGAGAUGUUAGCUUAAUCUCAUAUCUGUUUUUGGGGAAUAGGAAUUUUGUGGAAUAUGUGUUUGCUCCUUUUCUUUCUUGCCAAGGAGUCAUGGUCUGUACAGCAAAUCUAUGGAGCUGAAACUUCAACUCGUCUGCUGCAGACAGCAGUCAGGAGUGUUCAAUCAGCUGGAAGGAGAGCUCAUCAAGAAAGCAAACAAAUUUUCCUGGAAUGUUUCUUCAGCUGUGAAGCCAGUUUACAAGAGAAAACACAUUCAUCAUCCAGCUACAGAUGGAGAAAAGUCUUUAUCUAAAAAGGUUCAGAACACUAACAGUCCUGAAGUGGAUCUCUGCUGCAGCCUUCUCUGUACCUCCUCCAGUGCCUCUCUCUCUCUCUUUCAUCACCAUGUUUUUGACUGAAACGCCUCACUCUUGGUUUCUCCAGAAUCUUAUGGACAACAACACACAAUGGUUAGUCGAAAAUCCAAAAUAUUCUAAGACAGAUUUUAACAGGUGUCUGACUUGAUCAACAGAACAUGUUGAGAAGCGUCCCUCAGGUGUUAUGUUUUGUUUAUGAUCGAGGUUUUCAAACUCGAUCAUAAACAUGAACAAUUCUGAAAUUGUUCAUGUUUAUGAGGUUUGAAAAACCCUGAGCAAGUCUAGCAAAUACAAACGGGACAUUAAAAAAAGUUUCAAGCAUGCUCACCUGUGCUGAAUGCUAACACUGUGCAGGUCACUAUUCACAGUGCACAGUACAUACCAAGGCUGGACCUCCUCAGCUGUUCAAUCACAGAAGAUCAGACGUGGUCUUCCUGGAAGCCAUGUUGGUUUUGGCACAUGAAGCUUGAACACUGCCCUCAGAAGACAAAGCAAAAGACACAAACAACAAUGGAAUUUCCUGCUCGUGCCUUCAGGGAAGUGUUUUUUAAUAGGUUAGUGUUGCCUGCUUGUCCAGAGAUGUUGUGUAUAAAUAUAUAUAUAUAUAUAUAUAUAUAUAUAUAUAUAUAUACAUACAUAUUCACCCUAUGAAACAUUCAGUGGCUGCAAUGCUGUUUUUUGUUUUUUUUUUAUUUGUUUUGUUUUUUAUAUGGCAAGUAACUGCUGACGAUGGGCUGAUUUCCAUAGAAGGUGCCAACUCUUGUGAAAGUGACUCGUGAAUUGAAUGGAAGUUUUUGGAUUAAGAAUGUAAACCUAGUAGUGAAUGUAAUGUGUUGUAAAUGAAACCAGCCCAGUGAAGAAACAGAAAUGAUGGACAGGAAUUGAGAAAAAUGUCAAACUUUUGUUUUUUAUAACCAUAGACAGUAUAUAAAAAUGUAUGUAGCUGUUGGGUUUCAGUGGGAACUUUUUGAAUCCUGCAGGUGGGCUGGUCCAGACUCGGCAACUGUUCUUGUUUUUCCCACAUUGAGAGGAGUCAGUGUAAGUGGUUGACGUCAGCCUAAGUACAGCAGAUGUUCUGGGCAACAUCACUUCUCCAGGGAACGUUGGCCAGGAAAUACAUAGGGAUCCUUCCAUUAAAGCUGAUGGAAGCUGCUUGGGGAAAAGCCUUUGGACUUUUUUGCUUUGCAGCCUGGAUCUGACAGGUGAAAGUAGAUGAGAAGAUUGACAGAAUGUUUUCCCUAGUUUUAUAAACUGUUUCCAUAGACCAUUAAUGGGCUUUGGAAG